CCCCGCAUGGGUGGAUGAAUGCUGAUGACUUAAGCCAAUGCUUGCGUGAUUAGAUAGCCGAUGGCGUCGUUUUAUCUCCGAAACAAACAAUAGUCUAGCUUACUAACUCACUUCAAGACCUCAACAGGAUCAAAAUUGCUUUCAAAGUCGAUAAAAAUUGCAUUUCAUGUUCAGCGUUAAGCCAAACGCGGCCUGACUCGCACUUCUGACACGCAGUGUCAGCAACCUCCAAAGGGCGUCGAAUCCCGAUCCCAGAUAACAGCAUCGCAUCGAGGCCUUAAGGGACUAGAUGAGACAGACACCAUCCGACCCGGAUGUUGAUUCGUGGUGGAUCUGUGAGUUCUACGAUAAAGACACUCUUCCCAUCCAUUUGGACAUAAAGCUCCGUGUCAACCGUCGCGACCUUGCGCUUGCCGACAGCCAUGGCCAGAUAUGGUUACAGCUCGUCUCCAUCCGAUCGAGCCCCUACCCUGUAUUUCACCGAGACAAAUGGGACUAAGAAGGUUGUCCAGAAAAG